AUGACGGGCCAACUGAAAGACCGUGUUGAGAUGACAGAAGACGCGGAGACAGGCAUCUCGAAGGAGGAACAAGGGAUGACCUGCAAUGAGAGUGUUCUGUCUAUCGAUGCCGCCCGUGAGAAGGCACUGGUAUGGAAGCAAGACUUGCGAGUCGUUCCUCUUUCUGCGUUUAUUUAUCUGCUUUGCUACUUGGAUCGGUCCAAUAUCGGAAAUGCCAAAACACUCAAUGCAGAUACAGGCAAUGAUCUGGUUACUGAGACAAAAAUCACGAAUUUUCAAUACACGAUUGCCUUGAUGGUAUUCUUGAUUGCUUAUGCUAUAUUUGAGGUUCCAUCUAACUACCUAUUGAAGAAGCUCAAACCCAGCAGAUGGAUUGCGUUCUUGAUGUUGUCCUGGGGUGCCCUCACAAUUGGCUUGGGUGGUGUCAAUAACUAUGGGGAACUCACAGCAGUCCGGUUCCUUCUGGGUGCUAUAGAAGCUGGUCUAUUUCCUGGACUUGUCUACUAUCUCACGUUUUGGUAUCGCACGUCUCUACGAGUCGCCUUGAUCCUUGCAUCAGCCACACUCGCCGGAGCCUUUGGAGGUGCGAUUGCAUAUGGAGUAGGUCAGAUGAAUGGGGUCAAUGGAAUCUCGGCCUGGAGAUACUUGUUUUACAUAGAAGGUGCACCAUCCUGUGCAUCUGCAUUUCUCGUUUGGUUUCUUCUCCCAGACUACCCGGAGACGGCUAGCUGGCUCUCGGAUGAAGAAAAGGAACUGGCACGCGAGCGACUUUCGGUUGAAGGAUCUCAUGGAGAAUCUGGGGGACUUACUUGGGCUGAAGCGAAGAAGACGCUCGUUGACUGGCGUUUAUAUGCCCAUUAUUUGAUCUACUUUGGAAUUUCCACGCCAUUUUCUAGUCUCUCGCUUUUCACGCCAUCAAUUACAGCUGGUUUGGGUUUCUCUAACCUGCGGGCCCAAUUAAUGACCGUUCCUCCGUAUGCGACCGCGUACGUUGUGACGGUCGCAGUGGCAUGGUCGGCAGAUUAUUUCAAUGCGCGAGGACUGCACUCUACGAUUUUUGCACUAAUAGGUGCGAUUGGCUUCUUGGCCUCUGCUGCCCUUCCAGCCGAUGCUUACGCUCACCGGUACGGCUGUCUAAUUGUGGCAUCAAGUGGCGCUUUUGCCUGUAUUCCCCCACUCCUUGGGUGGCUUUCUUCCAACCUUCACUCUACGGGCGCGGCUGGCCUCGCUAUUGCGCUCAAUAUCUCCUUCGGUGCCCCAGGGCAAAUUGUUGGUGUUUGGAUUUAUAAAGCGGAUGAAAAGGAGAAAGGUUACCCGACCGGGCACUGGACAAAUGCUGCCCUGCUAUUUUUUGUUGCUGUGGGAUGUGUUUUAUUACGUUUCUAUUACGGCCGAAUUAAUCGGAAGAGAGCCGGCAUUAAGCCAUAUGCAUAUUAG